AACGUCACCAGCAGUAGUCAGCGGUAAUGGCGUCUGGUUUUGUUUAUGUGAGGAAAACAUGAGGUUAAAAAAGUUCUUAAGGCUGAUGUAGCCAGCAUGUGAUCGGGGAAGGACAUAGUUUCAUUGAUAGUCGGAGCCGUGCAUCAGAGGAUGGAUGUUGACAGUGAUUUGGACUUGAAUUUACUGCAGCAGUUCAGCUGUCUGGGAACCACCGAUCGAGAUGUUUUGAUUUCUCAACUCCAGAAACUCUUGGGGAACCAACUAAAUCCUGCAGGAUGUGCGUUUUUCUUGGACAUGAACAACUGGAACCUCCAAGCCGCUGUUUGCUCAUACUUUGAUUUUGAACCUCCAAAAGAUUGUGGUGCAUGCAUGACUCUCGUGAAGGAUGUUACAAUAGGGGAAGGUGAAGCUGUACCUCCAAGCACUAGGUUUAUUAAAACGUGGAGGAUACAAAACACAGGUGAGACGGAAUGGCCUCCUGGAUGUUUACUAAAGUUCGUUGGAGGUGACCAUCUGGCCCACGAAGACAGUGUGCCCGUAGAAUCGUUGAGGCCUGGGGAGACGACGGACGUCUCUGUUGAAAUGGGCAGUCCUGGAAAGGCUGGUAUCUAUCAGGGGCAAUGGCAAAUGGCGGCUCUUGGCUGUCAGGCGUUUGGAGAAGUAAUUUGGGUUAUAGUAACUGUAGCAGAAGGAGGCCUCCUCGGGGUCACCCAGCAGAUGGAGGCUUUUCACCAACUGGGUUCCCCGCCUCGAUCCUCUCCGUUACCAAAUAACCCUUUUGGCAGUCCCCUGUCCAAGUUCAUUCACGGUACGAGUGACAUCAAUGGAGGAGGAGAUGGGGCAGGUUCUCCGUUUAUGAGUUUUCCUGCUACACCUCCUCUACAACAACACAAUAGUGAGCCUGCGUCACCUAUCAGCUUGCAUCUUCCUAGCACAGAUGAGACGGCGUUAAGAUGUUCAUCGGCACCAGACCACAGUAGUCCGGAUGACAUGAUGUCCUGAGGUUUUGGAGAGCGGACUACUUUCUCCUCCCAUCCAUUCACUUCCCGCGUGGUGCAUGUGGACAUGAACAGUGAUUGUGCGUGUGUGCUGGCAGCAUCAUCUCCCUGGUGACAUCGUGUGACUGACCUAAAGCUGUCUGUCUAUUUUAUGUGUAUUUACUGUAUUUUCCUCUUCAGUUUCCUAACGGACACAGAAACCACCAACUGUGUUCCAUUAAGGGCAGUAGAACAACACGUCACAGUCAGCAGAAGACAGCAUGGGCUCGGAACGUUGGGCUGGGCAGCGCGAAACUGUCAUUAUUUUUCGUGUGGGGCGUACCAAUUUUUUUUGCUCGCGUGGCUCUUAUAGCAGGUUGCACCCGUCUUGGACUGCCAAAACUGUACCCUGCCUCACGAUCGUUUGUUGACUUUGGAAAGUAAAUUCUCAUUUCGUUACACGAAGUCGGAGCUCUAACACCACUACACGUGAGUGGAGAACCGUAAAUUUUAUAUGCCUGCAUUGAUUGUGAAAACAGGCAUACCUAGAAAACACCUUGCGCUCUGAUGUUGCGAUUUUAUUCUGAAAAAAAGCCAGUAAUCAGAUUCAGUUUAGAAAUAUCUCGGAGCUCUGUUCUGUGCCAGACACAAGGGCCAGUUUUUUGGACUGUACUUUUUAAAACCAGUCAGCAGGAGCUGAAGUGUAUGCAUACAUACAAAGAAAAACUUGCGCAUUGAGCCUGACAGCUUAGCAACCCCUUCACUUUAUAUCUACUCUUCCUAUAAUAAACGUUGUAAUAUAAUUUUUAGAGAAAUAUAGCAUUGCAUUUGAUAGAAUAUGGCACUAUUAUCUCAGUUUCUCCCAAUUUGACCUAGUUUCAUUUUCAUGUUGAGAGCAUGCCAGCUACAGAAACAGCGUAUGCAUGUCGCAUUGAUCAUCUGUCAACUUGCCCUUCAGUCUAGGUGUUGUACAACUGUUGCCCUCACAUAGUGGACUGGCAUGAAAUGCCAUCAUGCCGACCAUCCUUUCUCUGACUUGAAGCUCACAAGAUUUCAUGGUCCUUAAGGUGUCUGAAGACAGUAGUUUGGUUCUGUGUCACACGCAGUUUCAACAGCAGUUUAGCAUUUGAUAUCUUAGUAUUGUGGUUGAGUGUUCUUCAGCUUUACAGUGAAAGAGCCUGCCUUGAAUGUGUGGAUUGAGUAGAGAUGCUCUGUAAUUGCACUGUGCGUAUCAAGGGGUGCUGGAAUAGCCAUUUUUGGGGUAGCAGCAAUACAGCAGCACACAUCACGAGUUUCAUUCUUCCAUGACGUGUGAUUUGUCGCAUUCUGGCACAUCUUGUUUUCUUUUUCAAGGUGGUACGUAAGUUUUUUCAGUUCGUGAGUCUCUGCAUCGUAGCACUUUUGCUAUUGAUGCAUUUUCUGCUCAAUUAACUGAGUUAACUGCAUCACGCUGGGUGCAUUACAUAUUAAAAAAAAGCUCCCCAAUUUCAGUUUGUAGCUGGUUAUGUUUUACCAUAAGUUCCGUCCACAUGUUUGUGUCAAAGCUUUUGAACUUUGCUUUUGAGACUGCUGCUGAAAGUGUGGCCAAAGAGACUGUUCUUGAAAUACUGCCUCACAGAUGAUUAUUUUUAGCUUAUGUUCAAAUGACAUAUACAUCACUAUCGUUUGGAUAAAGGGGUAUUCUAAAGCUUGUGUACAAGGAUGCAGAAUUAUUUACUUUAUAGUACGCUUCUGAGAUGUUCAUAGUCCUGGUGCAGUUCCGUUUGCUCGCAAGACAUCAUCAUAACUGAUUUAGUCCAACUAAUAUUACAAUUUUCUAAUUCUCUGUGGAACCUAAUUUAAAGUGUGUACUUUUUGUGAUUCUGUGUUGCGGUCCUGCAGAGAAAUUGUCAUUCUGUUGCAACACUUACAACGGGUGAUGUUUAAGUCUGUGCUGGCAUCCAUAAAAAAACUUGAUGCCAGUGCUCCCAGGGAGGAAUAAACUAGCAUACAAUUUCAA